UCGGCCUGCUGAACUGGGAUAGGAGGGGUAACCGGCCUCUUGGGGCUGGCUUGUGCAUUGACAACGGCGGUAGCAGCCAUGGUCGUGCGUCGCCUGCACGGGAUCCGASGUGGCUUAACGGCGCCAGGCUGCACGGCGGACGCGACGAAGCAACUCAAUGAGCGCAUCGAUCACGUCGUCAAGCUCAUCGGCGACAUAGGUGCUUUCAAUGGGCCGGACACGAUCAGUAGCACGGUGGUCGCCAUCAAGACGGACAUCACCAAGCUGCAGACGAGACCGGACGCCACUACGAAGAACUACAAGAUGCCGCACUUCGACAUCAGCAAGUUCGACGACCACAACAAGACGGACGCUUUGGCAUGGUGGCAACGUUUCCUCACGGAAGCAUCAUGCCGCACUGUCCCGGACGACUAUCUGAUGAAGGCGUUAUAUUUACAGCUGAUUGGAGGAGCGCAGGCAUGGAUGAACCAUCUGGCGGCUACCCACACAUGCACCAUCGCCGAACUUCACACGCACAUUACGUGGAAGGAUUUCGAGAAGCUAUGGUUCACCCGUUUCAUGGUCCGCAACGUCGUGAAGGCGGCCAUGAACGAAGUGUAUACCUGCUCUCAAGGGAAUAUGCCAACUCGAGACCGGACAACCAAGUGGCAGAAGAUAGUGACCGCGCCAGGCUUCGAUUUGAGCUUUAGCAAUCAACGAUCCGAGUUCUUCUCGCGAUCAUGCGCAGGACUGCGAACCGCACUCGGCAAUGAGUACGAUUACGCCUCAUUCCAGGCCAUCCUGGAUCGUGCGAACUUGGUCAUCCAAACGGACGACAAGGCCGCAAACGAACGGCAGUCCCAGCCGCAUUAUGUGGCUAAACCGGCCUAUCAACGUCCGACACAUAACAAUGCCGUGAUUUUUGAAGAAACAGACGAUCUCCACGCUGCAGUAGCAUCCUCGAGUGAUGGAGAAAUUGUAGCAGCGCUUCCGCCGAAGCGUCCCAAGAGAGUUCGGAAGAACAAGGCGACACAAGAGACGGCAUCGACGGGAACUGGGCAGCAGCCAUGGACGGCUUACAAGAUAACCAAGGAUGUCUAUGACCUUCGUCAAAAGUACGGAUACUGCCUUUGGUGCAACGACGUCACUCAUUUGACCGCACAAUGCCCCGAAAAGGGCAAGGCACGCCUGGUACCACCACUAGACCAGCCAAGCCACGUGCACUUAGAUGGCGUAUGCGCAGCCUGUACACUGUCGGCAAGUGAUCCGGUCAGUUCGCCACUUAUUUCCGAGGACUCGACGGCGUGGUCAACCCUUGAGGAGCUUGACCCGCUCACGAGAGAGGACUUCGCUUGGAUGCCUCUACCCUCGACCGGAACCUUGCCAAGGCCGCAUUGCAACGCCUUGAUGGCAAAUCUACGCUCCUAUUUGCACACUACAGUACCAGCUCCGUUGACGGACGACGGGGUAGCGGUUGUCGAUCUCCACUCCUAUCUUGCGAAGAUCGACCGCGAGUACGCCACCCAAAGGUACGCCGAAACCGACGCACCUUUUCUCUAUAUCCGCAUUCAAAUCGGAAAGGCAACCUGUAGUGCCUCGAUUGAUUGCGGAGCGUCUCGCAACUUUAUGAGCCAAGCCUUUAUGGCCCGCGCAGGUCUUGGCCCGCGCAUUCGAAGGAAGACGCAACCUACGCAAGUUACACGCGCGGACGGCCGCACGCAAAAGUCAAUUGACCGAUGCGUUGACGGCGUUCCGGUCUACUUUGCGCCACUUGCGUGCGAGCCGGUGUCUUUUGACAUCCUCGACACCAAGUUCGACAUGAUUCUAGGCAUGUCUUGGUUGCGUAGCGCCGAUCAUCCGGUGAACCUCCACGACCGGACCGUUCACAUCCGUGAUCGGAACGGAGUGUUAAGCCCAUGUACGGUUGCGACCCCUCACACUUCGAUUGCUUGUCACGUGGUUUCCGUUGCAAGAAUUCGCGACGCCAUUGCUCGGAAUGACGUCGAGGAGAUGGGCCUUGUAUUCUUGCAUGCUCUCCCCUCGCCGGACGGACCAGCCGCGUCACCGCCGGACCCACGCAUCACUCGCCUCUUGGACGAGUAUGGAGACGUCUUCGAGGCGCCCACCGGAACGGUUCCGGAUCGGCCCAUACGUCGCGGGAUCACUCUCGAGGCGGGCGCCGUCCCUCCGCGUGGAUGUAUCUACUGCAUAAGCGAAGAGGAACUCGAGGUGCUUCGCACACAACUCGAUGACCUUCUCGACAAGGGCUGGAUUCGCCCUAGUUGCUCGCCAUACGGUGCACCUGUUCUCUUCGUCCGGAAGAAGAACAAAGAUCUACGGUUAUGCAUCGACUAUCGCAAACUUAACGCACAAACCGUAAAGAACGCCGGCCCUCUCCCUCGGAUUGAUGAUCUCCUUGAGCGGUUAGGCGGCGCGACGUACUUCUCGAAGUUGGACUUGAAGUCAGGUUACCACCAGAUUAAAAUCCAGCCUCAAGAUCGGUACAAGACCUCGUUCAAGACGCGGUACGGGCAUUUUGAGUGGGUUGUCAUGCCUUUUGGCCUCACCAAUGCCCCCGCAACUUUUCAAGCAGCUAUGACAACUGAGUUUCGUGACUUGCUCGAUCGCAGCGUCCUCAUCUACCUCAAUGACAUCUUGGUCGAUAGCAGGACAUUGGACGAGCACAUCACACACCUUAGCGCUGUUUUGAAUCGUUUGCGACUGGCCAAGUACAAAGCGAACCACGACAAGUGCGAGUUCGCCAAUCAAGAGCUUGAGUAUUUGGGCCACUAUGUUACGCCGAAAGACAUUCGUCCCUUAGCGGACAAGAUCCAAGCCAUCGUGGAUUGGUCGGAACCCCGUUGUAUGACGGACGUACGCUCUUUCAUGGGAUUGGCUGGAUAUUAUCAGCGAUUCGUCGAGUCAUACUUGAAAGUGGCCACUCCUUUGUCGAGACUUCAGUCCCCGAAGGUGCCCUUUCAGUUCGACGACGCAGCCCGUGGCGCGUUCACUACGUUGAAGGCAGCGAUGCAAGCAGCACCUGCCCUCCGUAUAUAUGACCCCACCCUACCCACCCAAGUGACUACGGACGCUUCGGGAUACGGCAUUGGUGCGGUGUUGGAACAGUGCCGCGAGGACGGUUGGCAUCCGGUCGAGUAUUUCUCCCAAAAGGUGCCUCUCGUCAACACUCUCGACGAUGCUAGGAAGAAAGAGCUACUCGCGUUCGUCACCGUUCUCAAACGGUGGCGCCACUUUCUUCUCGGCCGUCGGCGUUUUAAAUGGAAUAUGGACGACAAUCCGUUGACCUUUUACAAAACGCAGGACAUGGUCACGAGCACGAUUGGUCGAUGGAUGUAUUACAUCGACCAAUUCGACUUUGACCCGUGCCACAUUCCCGGUCCCGCCAAUCGAGCUGCGGACGCCCUAUCGCGACGGCCCGACUUUUGUGCCAUUGUGACCACGGCAUUCGACCUCGAUGACGAUUUGCAGCCGCAUUUCGUCAAAGGCUACAAGUCCGAUCCGACUUACUCUACGCUUUACGCAGAGUUGUCAUCGGAUCACCCGCCGACUAGCCAUUAUCGGAUUUCCGACGGGUUCCUUCUCCUUCACACGAGAGGAAAGGACUUGUUAGUUGUGCCCCAAGAUCGCAUCCUACGGACUCGUCUUCUCGGCGAAUUCCACGACGCACGACUUUUGGCACACCUUGGCGUGAACCGCACGUUAGCAUGCCUCCGCCAACGUUUUCACUGGCCAGACGUCCUUCAUGACGUCACGAGCACCCGAGCUCGCACGACUCUUGCACAUCGGUUGGAUUAACAACCAGGGUGUUCCGGAAGACAUAGUGAGCGACCGAGAUACUCGCUUCAUGUCAACCUUUUGGACUUCCCUCAUGGCUGAGUCCGGUACGACUAUGAAGCCGAGCUCGG